CAAUUAGAACAUUUCCAGGCUGUCCUCUCCGCCUUCGUAUCUUAAGCCCCCCCUCGCCAUCCCUGCCCCAUUCGUUUCUCUCGCGCUCUCUUUUCUCUCUUUCUCUGAGCUGGUUGUUUGUGCAUGGCAGUGAGCAUAUUGGCCCGGGAGGUAUCAGACCUAUGCCUUGGAAAGCCUGCGCUUAGGUGCCUCUCCGAGUCAGCCACCGUGGCCUACGCCCUCUCGGCUCUGAAGAGGCUGGGGGAGUGCUAUCUGAGCGUGUGGAGCUGCUGCCACGACACGUCGUCGAGGGCGAAGACCGUCGGCUCCGAUGAUUGCCGAUGCGUAGGCAAGGUUUGCAUGGUGGACAUAAUCUGCUUCCUCUGCACCACAGAGAACCUCCGCUCUCCUGCCACCGCUCUUCAGUCCCCGGUUUCGGUUCUGAUUCCCAAGACUUCUGCUGGGCUCGUUACGCAUUUGGAUCCCCACUGCAGCUUAGGGGAGGCUAUAGAUCUCAUCCUGAAAGGAACACAGAACCUUGUGAUACCAAUACCAAGGCAAAGCCGGAACACCACAAGUUCAAGAAAAAAGCUCCUCCACAAGGCGGCCUCCUUCAACACCACCCUCCACAACACCCGCGAGUACUGCUGGCUCACCCAAGAAGACUUAAUCCGCUACCUCCUCAACUCCAUUGCCCUUUUCUCUCCCACCCCCAUCAACCCCAUCAACACCCUUAACGUAAUCGAGACCGGAAACAUCCUCGCCAUCCAAUACGACGACCCUGCCUUUCCCGCGUUGCCCCUCAUCUCUCAGUCCCUCCUCAACCAAACCUCGAUUGCCAUUGUCGACGUGGACGGCAAGUUGAUCGGCGAGAUCUCACCAUUCACGCUCAAUUCCUGCGACGAGUCGGUUGCGGCGGCCAUUGCAACACUCUCGGCAGGCGAUCUAAUGGCGUAUAUAGACUGCGGCGGUCCGCCGGAGGACCUAGUGCAGCUGGUGAAAGAUAGACUGGAAGAGCGAAACUUGGGGACAGCUUUGGAGCUAAUGGAAGAGGAAUCGACGAUAUCAUCAUCAUCAUCAUCAAUGUGUUCGACUUCUUCAGACGAAGAGUUUGGGUUAGGGAGGAAUGGGAGGUUAGGCGGCUAUUCGGCAAGGCUGGUGAGGAGGUCAGAAGCAAUCGUGUGCUAUCCAUGGAGCUCGUUGGUGGCAGUGAUGAUUCAGGCACUUGCACAUCGUGUUAGUUAUGUGUGGGUUGUUGAAGAGGAUGGGAGUUUGGCCGGGAUUGUUACCUUUGCAGGCAUGUUGAAAGUUCUCCGGGAACGUUUGAACUCAAUAUAGGAUAAUCUCAGAAGAAGAUGAGAACUCAAAUUAUAAAAGAUCGCAAACAAUCUGAGUCAACAAUGUUUUCAAGUAAUCAAACAUUUGGAGUUUGGAUA